CCACAUUCAGUUAUCUAGCUUUUUUGCCUUUUCAUUGCAGUUAUGUUCAUUUUUAUGUACCUACACGCAGAAAGAUGGGCCACCUUAGAAUUUAAUUGCCUAUGAUCGCAGUAUAAUGCUCGAAUGCAUGGGCUAGCUUCGAUCGCCAAUAAAGGCAUUCACACUGGUGUACAGUUGUGUAAGCAAUAUCAAAAGGAUGAGACAAUAACAAAUGAGAAAGUCAAGGAGAGAAAUGCAGUAUUUAUCAUAAUGGAAUUGAAGCUAGGCUGCAUGGCUUCCAGAAUGUCGGCCUGUUAACUAAGAGUUUAAAGUUAGAUUCUAAAUGUAAAAAGAGCGAUGGGGUCUCAAAGACCAUUAAGAUGUUGUGUCCUUUCAUUGGCCAAUGCAGGUCGAGAGCAAGAGUUGUGUAUCGACAAACUGCAGUGUAUAACACCGUGUGCUGCUCUGACUAUACUGGGAGCCGCUGUGAAGCUGUGUGUUCUCCAUCUUGCCGAAAUGGAGGGACCUGUUCGUCGCCAAACUCAUGCUCAUGUCAAAGUGGAUGGACUGGAAGCAUAUGCACUCUCCCCGUUUGCCCAUCUGGAUGUGCAAAUGGUGGGACCUGUACAAGACCCAGAGUAUGUUCUUGCCAGAGUGGAUGGACUGGAGCAACUUGCAGUCAGCCUGUUUGUACUCCAAGUUGUGAGAACGGUGGAACGUGCACAUCGCCCAAUACGUGUACAUGCCAGAAUGGAUGGAGUGGGGAGUCGUGCACCAAUGCUGUCCCACAUGCAGUCCAGGCAUUUCCCAACAGCUCCUACAACAUCACCAUCUUAUGGUCCCCACCCCCCGAAAUUGACAGAAAUGAUGUGAUAAUCUACUACGAGAUUCAACUAACAGAGACCGAGACUGGAACUGAAUUUCAAUGGACAGCUCCUGAACUCACUACAACACGCGAUUCACUUCAUCCCCACUUUCACUAUGAGAUUAGAGUUGCAGCCCAUACUUCCGUUGGAACAGGGCCUUUCUCUGCUGUUGAAACCGUUCAAACUUUGCCAGCAGCUCCUACAGCAGCACCUACACAACUGAGAGUUUCAAACUUUGACUCGUCCACCAUUUCACUAGUCUGGGAGCCUCCGCCCUUUACUGAUCGAAACGGAGAUAUUGUCCGCUAUCAUCUCAGAGUUACUGAGCAAGAAACACAGACUAUGUUUGAGUACAGCAGUACGAGUCAACGCUACACUCUGACCUCUUUGCAUCCGUACUACAACUACGUCAUAUCCAUUGCUGCAGAGACAGUUGGAGUGGGUCCAUUUACUUCUGGUUUGCUUCAACAAACUAUUGAGUCAGUUCCUAGCAGUGCCCCAGGAAACUUUUCCAUGGCCGUUGUUAAUUCAACCUCCAUUUUACUGUCUUGGAGUGAGCUACCACUGCCGGAGAGAAACGGUGUUGUUCAGGGCUACACCAUUGGUCUCACAAAUGUUAGAAACGGAAGAGAUACUGAUUAUAGUGCUGUCUCAGGGCCAUACAGCAUUGUAAAUCUUCAUCCCGAUUUCACUUACCGUGCUAAAGUUGCUGCAGUUACAGUGGUUGGUGCUGGUCCUUUUUCUUCUCAGAUUGAAGUAAGACUGCCAGAAGCAGCUCCCAGUGGACCACCUGUACAUUUCUCAGUUGAUGAAUUAUCGCCUCGUUCAGUUACUUUGAAAUGGGGGUAUCCGCUUGAGGAAGACAGAAAUGGAGUCAUUUCUGGUUUCAGAGUACGUUUCAUUGAAUCCAUCUCAAACAAUUUUACAGAUCUUGAAGUUGAAAAUGCUACAAUAACCAUUGAAGAAGUGAAGCCAUUUACGCUUUACUAUGCUGAAGUAGCAGCCUUUACGAUGGUGGGCAUAGGACCAUACACUGCAAGAAUACGUGUCCUUACGCCUGAAGAUGUUCCAAGCCCUGUCAGCAUGACGAUGUUGGAAGCCAUACAAGGAAGUCCUACUCAGUUAACAGUGCAGUGGAGGCCUCCGGAGGAACCAAAUGGAGAGCUGCUAGCGUACAGCGUGUACUGCAGGGAGUCGACCCAACAGCCACUGUGUGACUGUGACUCUUCCAUCAGUGUCAACUCAACAUCAUGUCCCUGUGGAGACUUGGAACAGGAUACCUCCUAUUAUCUACAAGCUGUGUUCCCAGUGGGUGUGCCUCACGUGAAGGUCAUAGUAGGAUUUCUCGCCAUACACCAACUAUACCUGCUUCAUGACGGCUAAUACUUCCGCUGGGGAAAGCAGUCCAGGCAUUCCCCACUCAUCCACUACUGACGAGUCAACCCCCGCAGAUGAACCGCAAGAUGUAAUGGUGAAUUCCUUGAAUUCCACGGCUAUACUAAUCCAAUGGAGUCCUCCACACAUUCCAAAUGGCAUCAUCCUCUUUUACACCAUCUACAUCGACAAUAAUAUUACAUUCAAUAUCAGUGCUGCCAACCAAAACUCCUUCAUGUUUGGUUGGCUUUCUCCGUAUCAGCUGCUCAAUGUACGACUGUCUGCCAGUACUAAGGUCGGAGAAGGGCCUCUGACUGAGUCUCAAAGUGUUACCACUGAUGAGUCAGUUCCAGGUGCAGUAGAUAAUCUGGAGGUCCUUGUAUUGAAUGAUGAGACCUUCCACAUCUCUUGGGACCCUCCACUGUCUCCCAAUGGAGUACUGACUGGAUAUCAAGUUGUGGUCACCAAUGAGAUGAAUUCCAGCGAACGAAGUUGGACUGUGGUCGCUGCUAAUGUUACAGAGCUGAAUGCUACAAGUGGAAUCCGCCCCUAUGUUAGAUACAGUGUCGAAGUGAUGGCCUCUACUAGUGUGGGAGCUGGAGACUCAGUUGAAGUGAUAGAGUAUGCCAAGGAGGGAGUUCCCAAGAGCUCUCCCUUAUACAUAUCAAGCACUCGUAGCUCAGCCACCACUGGUAGAGUGGAGUGGGGUGAGAUGAGCUGGGAGGACCUGAGAGGGUGGCUGGUGUCCUAUGAGAUUGGCUACCAGAGUGUGAGAUCUGGCCAGUGUCCCCCUAGUGACUCCACCACCAAUGACACUGUGUCUGUGGACCAGGAGAUGUUUGGAGUGACUGGUUUAGACCCGGGACUCCAGUACUGUGUGUGGGUAGCUGGGAGGACCAGUCCCGGGGUUGGACCUUUCUCAUACACUCUCGUUCCAUGGUACGUCAACACUAUUUUCACCGUCACCCUAGAGAGGCAAAACUGCUCCAAAUGGAUUGCAAAGGGGCUGGAUGAAAUAGUAGAGGACUUAGCUAGAGACAUAAGUGCAGGAAUAGAACUUGUCUGCCGCUGCGAAUUCCCCAGUGACUACAUUGCAGAUAGACAACUGAAGUGUAAUAACCAGAGCCUCGUAUUUCAGGGCAGGAUAGUGAGCACUAACACCAGUGAAAGCACCGAUCUUCUGGCAGACCUUACAAAGUGGAUAUCAACUGAACCAACUGUGACAGCUAAAGGUGAAGAACUACACGUUAUGAAGAACAGUAAUGAGAAAGCUGAGCCAGAAAAUAAAGAAGAUGCAUUACCGAACAGUUUUCCCAUGUGGACUGCUGCUCCAGUGGGAGGUGUAGUUUUUAUAGUUGUUAUACUGGCUGUGGCUACUGGAACUGUUGUGGCCUGCCGCAGACAAAAGACAAAGUCAUCCGUUGUUACGGCAGCCAGACUUUCUGUUGCUGCCAAGGCCAAUGGAGAAUGCGAUCGCUAUUCCUACAUCACUCCUGGAGAAAAUCAUGAUUGCCGUUCGAAGGAACAUUCCAGUGAAGUUGAAAAGCCGGGAAAGGAGGUCGAGUACGAAUUGCCUGUAGUCGAGGAUGAAAAUGUGUAUGAGGAUCCGGACGAGUUGAUGGAGACCACUGUGGAGGGACCUGGCAUUUGCAACCCAAUGUAUCACGUAGCAGCACCUGAACCAGGUGAUGGUGAGGGAGCGACUGAGGAAGAAGAGAUUUACAGCGAGAUUAAAGACUGAAAGAAUGAAAUGUGCUUUAACAAUAUUAUACUUUAUACUUUAUUAUUGUUAUACUUUACAAUACAGAAAACUGUAUAAAAUGUACAAUAAUUGUUUUUCUCGACAA